UCCCAUGGAGGUGGAGGAGGAGGUACUACCAAAAAUUUAAAGCAACUCCUACAAUUUUUUAUAUAGGGUAUGGUGGUCAUAUGCCUGAACCUGAACACAUUAUUCCCGAACAACCCAAGUACCAAAUCUACCAUGAAGAAAGUCAUAGUAGUUCUAAGGACCACGACUUGUCCGAUUUAUUCGAAAUAGCACUGACUGCGCUAGCUUAUUUAUCAUUUGGGAUGUUCAUAAUUCAUGUCAUAAUGUGUAUUUCUAUGGCUACUAAUAGUACUUCAACAGCGACCGGAAUGAUGAUGCCGAUGAGCAUGAGCCCAACUUCGACUGGUAUGACUGGUGGUGGUACAAGCACAGGCGGGGGUGGUACGGGCACGGGCACGGGCGGGGGUGGUACCGGCACAGGUGGAGGCGAAAUUCCAACAGGCACCGGAAAUGGCGGGGAAACCCCAACGGGCACUGGGGGCGGGACCGGCACUGGAAAUGGGGGGGAAACUCCAACAGGCACUGGAGGUGGGACAGGCACUGGAAAUGGGGGAGAGACCCCAACAGGCACGGGAGGUGGUACCGGCACCGGAAAUGGCGGGGAAACACCAACCGGCACAGGCGGUGACGGGGAAACAGGCGGAGGAGAUGGUUCUACAGGGGGUGGUUCCACAGGUACUGGAACUGGGACUGGUACUGGAACUGGAACCGGAACUGGGGGAACUGGGACUGGAACUGGAGGAACGGGUACUGGAACUGGUGGUACAGCGACUGGGAGAGAUACUAUCAAGUUCCAAUACAAGCGGGAUAUCCCAACUAUUACGAACCCGAAUAAUCAAGCGUUGAACGAAUUGGCUAGGAGAAUUUUGACAUCGAUAGAAGCGGCUUUUCUGGCCAAUGAAGACGAUGGGAAUUGUUUAAGACUAACACUUUGUGAAAAUAAUAAGUUUUCUAGGAGUAUUGAAGGCAAUAAUAAAAUUUUGAUACCGGUGUGGAGCUUGGGCAUGAGUUGGAUUUCUGGUCGUCUUACUAAAAAUAUAAAUCCUGCGACAUCAAUGCUCGACAGUUUGAAAGCUUCAAUUCUCGGUUUGGGUAAAGCAAACUGCGAGUUAAUUUACCAUAAUUGUGAUUUGCGGCAACAAAAGCGCGAACGCCGUAGAAGAAAAAAGAGAAAUUCUGAUAAUAAAAAGCAGAAAUAA